CAGUUGGUGGUGGUGCAAAUGAUAUUAGUAUGCUUCAAGAGGCCGACAUCGGAGUUGGCAUUAGUGGUGUGGAAGGGAUGCAGGCUGUAAUGGCAAGUGAUUUUGCAAUAGCCCAAUUCCGCUUUCUGGAACGUCUCUUAUUGGUGCAUCGCCAUUGGGGUUACAGGAGAAUCGCAAUGAUGAUUUGCUACUUCUUCUACAAGAACAUUGCAUUCGGACUUACCCUGUUCUGUUUCGAGGCCUAUGCUUCGUUCUCUGGUCAGCCUGCUUACAAUGAUUGGGAUGUCAUUCUACAAUGUAUUCUUUACAUCACUUCCUGUCAUAGCUCUUGGGGUUUUCGAUCAGGAUGUUUCUGCAUGCCUUUGCCUUGAGGUAUGCAAAUCUAUCUUUGAGCAGCGCCAUAUAAUUUCAACUGUG